UAAAAUUUGUGAACAUACAGACACACCGCCUUUACACACACACACACACACUCUCUCUCUCUCCCCCUCUCUCCAUCUCUCUCUGAUCCACCACCAUGUUCAAGCUUCCUCAGGUUCCAGCUUUACUCUCUUCUUCAGAUCUGUCCUGUAUUUUGUGGUGUUUUGAUAAUGAGGCUGCCUGCCCCUUCAACCUAGCUCUCCUGUUUAGAUGAUUCUGCACAUUGUAAUGGAACAGCAUAAACGGAUAAGAUCAUAUAAAUUCUUAUCUCGAUUCCCGACAAACUGAGGACAAUUAAGAUAUUCUCCUAGGUCUUGGGGCUCUGGAGUCAAAUUCCCUGUGGACUUAUAAUGAAUGAAAAGAAUCUCUACAUUAUUUCUUUUCUAAUUUCGGAUAGCGACAAUAAUGAUGUUGGCUUUUCUUCAGAUUUGUAGUAAUUACUGUCUUUGAUGAUUUAGGUACUGGUAUAUUCUUGCUCCGGGACUGCUAGGUUGUGAAUUUUUUUUUGUUAGAAGUUUGUGUCUGCGCUUUUGGCUUUUCUUACGUCAUCGGCCAUUUUUGGCAACCAAGAGGCUACAUGGGUUCCCGUUUUCCUUCACACCAGUUGAGCAAUGGCCUAUACGUGUCUGGCCGUCCAGAGCAGCCACCAAAAGAAAGGACUCCAACUAUGAGCUCAACAGCAGUACCUUACACUGGUGGUGAUAUAAAAAAGUCUGGAGAACUUGGAAAGAUGUUUGAUAUAUCUAUGGAUGGAUCUAGAUCGAGAAAAUCUGGACCUAUAACUAGUGGCCCCUCAAGGACAGGUUCUUUUGGUGGUGCUGCUCCACACUCAAAUCCAAUGACUACCAGCUCCGGGGGUCGGAUGGGUUCUGGUUCUAUUGCCGGUGUUCCAGGUUCUAUUUCUAUGAAGAAGACAAGUUCUGGUCCACUAAAUAAACAUGGAGAACCGAUUAAGAAGGCAUCAGGUCCUCAAGGUGGAGCAAAUGCUGCUUCCCGCCACAAUUCUGGCCCUCUUCCACCAGUCCUUCCUGCCACAGGACUCAUAACUUCCGGGCCUAUCACUUCAGGGCCUCUUAAUUCGUCAGGCGCUCCUCGCAAGGCUUCUGGUCCUUUGGAUUCCACAGGAUCACUUAAGUCAGGCAGUGCAUCUAUAGUUCAAAACCAAGCUGUUACUCACCUUAGCCUGGAGAGUGAAAACUCUUUCUUCAAAAGCUUCCCCAAGCUAAUCUUUUGGUCCAUUGUUUUACUCUUUGUGAUGGGGUUUAUUGCUGGCAUUUUUAUCUUAGCAGCAGUCGGCAAUCCCAUUCUUCUAGUUGUUGUUGUUGUUUUAUUUGUUGCUGUAACAAGUGUGUUCGUCUGGAAUAGCUGCUGGGGAACAAAAGCUAUCACCAGUUUCGUAGCUCGUUAUCCAGAUUGUGAACUCAGAACUGCAAAGAAUGGCCAAUUUGUCAAGGUUUCUGGGGUGGUAACUUGCGGGAAUCUUCCUCUUGAGUCAUCAUUUAAUAGAGUUCCUCGUUGUGUUUAUACAUCCACAAGUCUGUAUGAAUACCGAGGAUGGGAUUCUAAAGCUGCGAACUCAUCACAUCGUCGAUUUACUUGGGGUCUUCGGUCAGUUGAGAGGCAUGUAGUAGAUUUUUACAUAUCUGAUUUCCAAUCUGGGUUAAGAGCACUGGUCAAGGCUGGAUCUGGCGCUAAGGUGACUCCUUUUGUGGAUGAGUCAAUUGCUGUGGAUAUCAAUCAAUCAAACAGAGAUAUGUCUCCAGAAUUUGUAAGGUGGUUGGGAAAGCGAAAUCUAUCCGGCGACGAUCGAGUAAUGCGAUUGAAAGAAGGCUACAUUAAAGAAGGCAGUACAGUAAGUGUGAUGGGAGUUGUACAGCGAAAUGAGAAUGUACUAAUGAUCGUACCUCCUCCAGACCCUGUACCUACAGGAUGCCUGUGGUCCAAGUGCAUCCUUCCUGCCCAUCUUGAGGGCAUUGUUAUACAGUGCGAGGACUCCUCUAAGGUUGAUGCUAUUCCUGUGUAGACAAUACAUAAAAACAAAAAAAAAGGGGUAUCUGCUGUUUUGGUGCUUUCAUUGCUCGAUGGGCUUCGUAUGAAUAUGUUUGCAAGAGUCGUGCCUUGUCUCUAUAAUCAAGUGUAUAGUUUUCAGAUUAUCUUAUCCUGCCCAUAUUGUAUGUUUUGGGAUCUUUCUUAAUUUCAUCGGUGUGAUUAAUAUUGUAGAGAGAAAUGCUGGUAACUUUCGAGGAGAUUUAAGUUGGAUUUUCAUGUAGAAAAUAUUUGAGAUAUUUUUUGUCUCUUGUUCUCCAUAAUUUUUAGUUUUGAAGUUUGUACUU